AGGAGGCGGGAAGAUGGCGGCGCCCGGCGGCGGGAGGCCCCUGAGGAUGCUGGUGAGCGGCGACGCGGAAGGGCGGCUGGACUCCCUCUUCGGGCGGGUGGAGGCCGCGCAGCGCAAGACCGGCCCCUUCGACUUGCUCUUGUGCGUUGGGAACUUCUUCGGCUCUGCCCAAGACGCGGAAUGGGAGGACUACCGGACAGGCGCCAAGAAAGCCCCUGUUCAGACAUAUAUCUUGGGUGCCAACAAUGAAGAAACUGUUCGUCAUUUUCCAGAUGUCAGUGGAUGUGAACUAGCUGAGAACAUCACUUAUCUGGGGCGCAAAGGGGUCUUCAGCGGAGCCUCUGGACUUCAGAUUGCAUACCUCAGUGGUGUUGAGUCCUUGCAGGAGCCAGCCCCAGCACACUGUUUCAGCUCCAAGGAUGUGGCUGACCUCAAAACCUCGCUGCUGUCUACUCCGAAGUUCAAAGGCGUAGACAUCUUGCUGACUUCCUGUUGGCCCAGAGCUGUGGAGAAAUUUGGAAACAGUCCUGGUGACGUGGACACUAAGAAAUGUGGUUCGGGGCUCGUGUCUCUGCUGGCUGCCAGUCUAAAGCCAAGAUACCAUUUCAGCGGCCUACAGAAGAUCUAUUAUGAAAGACUUCCUUACAGAAACCAUGCAGUUCUUCAGGAGUCUGCACAGCACGUGAGCAGGUUCAUAGCCCUGGCGAAUGUUGGCAAUGUGGAUAAGAGAAAGUACCUCUAUGCCUUCAACAUCCUUCCAAUGAGGUCUGUGGAUCCUGCAGAACUAGUCAAGCAGCCCCAGGACGUCACUGAGAAUCCGUACCGAGGGCCUGGUGGAUGGGACCACAGCACCCAGCAGCAGCUGCCAGGAGCAGAGGAAGAACCUGCACACCAGUUCUUCUUUGAUCUGAGCAGCAAGCCCAAAGGGAAGAAGCGGCAUUCAGAAGGCCAAGCCAGGCAGCAGCCCCAGACCAAGCGGCCCCCUUGCAGACCCCCCCUGCCAACAGCCGCUUGCUGGUUUUGUCUUGCUAGCCCAGAGGUAGAGAAGCACUUGGUGGUGAGCAUCGGGACACACUGCUACCUGGCCCUGGCCAAGGGGGGCCUCUCUCCUGACCACGUCCUGGUGCUGCCUGUUGGGCACUGCCAGUCGAUGGUGGAGCUGGCGUCAGAGGUGGUGGCAGAAAUGGAGCUGUACAAGUCAGCGCUGAAGAAGUUUUUCAGGAGCAAAGGGAAACGAUACGUGGCGUUUGAAAGGAAUUACAGGAGUCAGCACCUCCAGCUGCAGGUGGUUCCGGUGCCUCAGGACUGCUGCGCCACAGAAGACAUCAAAGAGGCCUUCAUCGUCCAGGCCGAGGAGCAGCGGCUGGAGCUGCUGGAGAUCCCGGAACAUUCCGCUCUCAAGCAAAUCGUGCAGCCCGGAAGCCCCUAUUUCUACGUGGAGCUGGAUACCGGAGAGAAGCUCUUCCACCGCAUCGGGAAGCAUUUCCCCCUGCAGUUUGGCAGGGAAGUUCUGGCCAGCGAGGCUGUCCUGGGGAUGCCUGGCCGGGCGGACUGGAGGAGUUGCCAGCUGGGGAGAGAGGAGGAGGCCGCUGCUGCCCAAGCCUUCCGGCAGGCCUUUGCACCCUUUGACAUCGCCCAAGAGGACUGAGCGCCCCGUCCAGGAGCUCUUUCAGCUGCGGGAGGGAGAGCUGGCUCUUUCUAGCCAGGAAUCCUGGCAGCCGGGGCAGGAGAGGGGAGAGAGGGACCUCGGAGGGAGUCUUUGCCAGACUGGAGAGCAAAGCUUCUUGCCUUUGCCCCUUGCCUUUGUCUGGAGCAUCUCAAAUGUUACUUGGGUUUAUUUAUUGUGAAAUCUAUUCCAGGGGCAGUGUGUGUGUAAAUAGGCGUGAAUGGAACUUGAAGCGUUGGUGUGCUGUAAACUGUUUUCUCAUUUUAAAUAAAAAGAUUUUUAACA